AUUUCGCAGUGGCGGUGAGCUGAUGACCAAGCGCCCGCUCGACGAGCUGGCUACCGAGGACUCGACGGUCGUCGAGUCAACGACGUACGCAGAUAAGCCGCUACCGGAGGGAUGGCAGAAGGUUCUGCACCGAUCCGGCCUCACCUGCUUCCUGCACGAAGCCUCUGGUGUCGUUACGUGGACCGAGCCGUACGUCGUCGAGCUGCACGACUCGGCCAGCAUUAGCGCAGCCGCGGCGACACACGUGCCUCCACUCGAGAUCUUUGCGUCCGGCUGCGGCAUGCGCCAUCCAGACCGCAAUCGCCCGGUGAAGAUGGUCCAAGCCGACGCUAUCAUCCGGCGCCUCAGCAAGGCGGUACUUGGCGACCGUGAGCCAACUCCGACUCCAACUCCGACUCCGACUCCGACCGAGCAGCCGAGUUUGGACCCGCGCAAGAGGCUCAAGGCCGCCCACCAGAAUGGUGCGUCGACGCCGUCGCCACCGCGCCGCCCGACAAAGCAAGACGCCAAAGGCGGUCGGCCCAAGAUCGUUCUCAACGGCGUCACCGUCGACGAGCCGACGGGGAAGACAGCGAUGGCGUUCCUGCUCGACUAUGCCAAGAACUGGGUGGAUGCCAUCCCAGAGUACGAGCAGACCAACUCGAAUCACAGCGACGCGCCGUUCCGGUGCAGCGUGACGAUCUCGGGGCAAGAGUACGGUCUUGCCGACGCGUCCUCCAAGCAGCUUGCGCGACAGAAGGCAGCCGAAGCUGCGCUCGAGACGCUCGUGCCGGGCUACUGGCGUACGCUCAAAAGCGGCGGUGCGACACACGAAGUCGACACGAUGGCCGCAGAGCUCUCGGCGGCGCCCACCUUUACGCUAAGCCGUUUUGAGAGCUUAUUGAUCGACGACCCGCUCGUGCUCCAAGGCUGCAUGGACCUCAGCGUCAAGACGCCGGCGCAGCUUCUCUCCGAGUAUGCGACGCGCAACAAGGGUAUCGCGAUCAACUACACGCAUUUCAACGUCCCGUUUGCGACGGACCGCAACAAGUUCAAGGUCGUCGCGUCCAAUGGCAAGCACUCGGCCGAGGCGGUCGCUCCGAACAAGAAGCUCGCCAAGCAGUACGCCGCUCAAGCGCUUCUCAAAGUGCUAAAUCCGAAAGUUGCGACCUACUAUGAGAUGGUCCAGCACCACGAGACGGUCGUGCUCAAGACGUCGUCGGCCCACAAGCCCAAGCCCGUCGUGCCGCUGACCUCUACAGGGCUUCUCGGAACGCCCACGACGCAACCGACGAGUAGCAACAGCAUUCUUCCGAGCCCGAGCACCAAUGGCCGGUUCCAACCGCGGCCGAAUGCUCCGCCGCGUACCGAUGCCUACCGUAGCAACGCGCCGUCGUCCUCGGUGCUAUCCAGUCAGCACAACCAUGUAAACAACCACAUCAACCAUCAGCGCCCGCCUCCAGUGUCUGUCGCGUCUCGGUACGGCCAGCGCGACUAUGGUGGCAAGUCCGAGACAUCGCCGCACCAAGGUGGUCCGCCCGCUCCAAAGCCGUACUCGUCGUAUGCGCCACCGAGCGCGUCUGGCUACGGAGCAUCGCCUUCGUCGUCGUCAUCGUACCGCGGGUACCAUGGGGACCCCAAGGUCCAUGAAAGCAACGGAGGGUACCAGGCCCCCAAGCCACGCGGCGGCUACGGCGAACUCAAGCGGGAGCUCGUCGAGGACAAGAAGCGCGAACCGAUCUUUGGCGACGCACCGCCGUGCUUCGCCGAGGCGCCCCGCGACGGGUAUGGUCGCCCGGCGCCGUUCGGGUAUCGCCCGUCGGCACCCCCGGUGCAGUGGCAGCAGACGGCGUCGUACCAACCGCAGUCGUCUUACGCGCCGCCGUCGUAUCCGCCGGCGUCCGGGGGUCUCCUCCCGCCGCCGCCGACCCGCCUUGCGCAGCCUCCCAGCGCAAACUACGGGAAGACGAACAAUCCGCUGCAGCAGCUCAAGUCGGAGCUGCGAAAGUCGCUCCAGUACUAGUAGUUUUGAAUGAAUAUAACCAAGUCCUCGU